UUCUUUCUUAACAACCAUCGGAGAAGGUUCCAUUCCGAGAUCCUUUCCCUUUGCCGUGUUCCAUUAAAACCAGACGCUUCCAAGACCUAGUCGGCGCCUCGACGACAUGUGGGCCCCACCCGCGGCCUCGCCGGCAGUGGCGGGGGCGUCUCCCUCCACCUCCCUCCGGCCGCCGCCGCUGUCGCGGGCGAUGGUUGUUCGCGUCCUCGUCACUCUGCCUGUCGCGCGGGCGCGGCAACCUCCGCGGCGGGGGCGGCUGUGCCUCGCAGUGCCGCCGCCGGCGUCGGAGAUGGCCGCUACGGCUGCGGCAGCGGCGGCGGAGGAGGAGAUGGGGAGGAGGAAGGUGGUGGAGAUGGACACGGCGGUGAGGCGGGAGCUGGCGAUCCGGAGGCUGCGGGAGGAGGUCGAGGCGGAGGCGGGGGAGGCGGGUACGGGGAGGAGUAGGCGGGACUUCGCCGUGUUCGAGACCACCAGGGGCGACGCGCUCUUCACGCAGUCGUGGACUCCGGCCGACGCCGGCGCCGAUCGCGUCAAGGGCAUUGUUGUUCUAUUGCAUGGUCUAAACGAGCAUAGUGGAAGGUACAACCAUUUUGCAAAACUGUUGAAUGAUCAAGGGCUUAAAGUUUAUGCCAUGGACUGGAUUGGACACGGUGGAAGUGAUGGGGUUCAUGGAUAUGUUUCAUCGCUUGAUCAUGCUGUUGGUGACUUGGAUUUCUUGAUCUUUUCAAAGUUCCUUCCUGUGCAGAAAGAGUUUCUUGAGGAUGUUGUAUUGGAGGAAAACCACGGUUUACCAUGUUUCUUAUUUGGGCACUCCACAGGUGGAGCUAUUGUUUUGAAGGCAGCACUAGAUCCUUGUGUAGAACUUCACAUAGAAGGUGUGGUCUUAACAUCACCAGCUAUUCAUGUUCAAACAUCUCAUCCGAUCAUCAAAGUUGUUGCACCGAUUUUCUCCAUGCUAGCUCCAAAAUACCGAGUUAGUGCUUUGCAUAGGAGAGGACCUCCUGUUUCCCGUGAUCCAGAGGCUCUGAAGAUGAAGUAUUCAGAUCCCCUUGUGUAUACUGGGCCAAUUAGGGUUAGAACUGGCAAUGAAAUUCUCCGGAUAUCAUCAUAUUUGCAGAGAAACUUGAGCAGAGUUACUGUCCCUUUUUUAGUUCUUCAUGGUACAGCUGACACAAUAACUGAUCCGAGAGCAUCCCAGCGACUAUACCAAACAUCAAUGUCAACAAAUAAAUCAAUAAAACUAUAUGAUGGAUAUUUACAUGAUCUUCUCUUUGAACCUGAAAGGGAUGAUAUAGCAAAUGACAUCAUCGAUUGGUUGAGUGCAAGACUUGAUGUUCUUCAGAGAAUGGUGAGCUGAAUCAUCUACGAAGUGCUUCCACUAGUUACUGGAACUGGAUUACAUUUAUAGAGUAUAGAAUAGUGUAAUUGUAAAAUGGGAUGUUUUAGCACGUUAUCUCCUUGUCUUCACGGCCAUUUUUUGUCUUCAGUUCUGUUGAUAAAGGGUAGAAAAGAGCCUACCUGAGAUGUAAGUAAUAUUAGAGUUAUGCUGAAAACAAUGUAAUUUCCUGAUACACCAAUAAAAAAUAAAAGCUUGGUAGUAAGGGGGUGUGUUAAGUUGAGAAUUUCGAACAUUGUAGCAUCCUUUUGAUGUUCAACAUUGUUUUCUGAAUUA